GGAGAUACGGACGCUUCGAGUGGCGACCGGAAACACGAUUAUUUCUGUUGGAUAUCAAUUUGAACAUCUUAUCAACUCUGCGACUGAACCUCGAGUACAGAGAGCUCGAAGUAAACUUGGACAGUGAGUCGAUAGACCGCUUAUCGAGAAACAUGUUGCCGGUCGCUGUCUUCCUCGCGAUGCUCGCGUUGACAAACGCUUUCGAGUCGAAAAUAAUUGGAGGGUCAUCCGCGGCCAUCGAGACAUAUCCGUAUCAGGUGUCUAUCCACUACGGGGGUGUGCUCAAAUGCGGAGGCUCCAUAAUCAGCCCGAACUGGGUGUUAACGGCAGCCCAUUGUGUCUACGGGGAGAAUCCCGCGGCUUUCCAAAUUCGUAUUCGGAGCACUUACAAUAAUAAGGGGGGCACGCUGAUCAGCGGCAUCAAGAAGAUAGUUUGGCCCGAUAAUUACGACGACACAACUUUCGAAUUCGACGUUGCCUUGAUACAGUUGCCCUCUCCGAUAAAGGAAAGCAGCACAGCGAAAUCGAUCCCCUUGGCUAGGAAGGACGUGCCAACCGGAAGUCAAGCGGUGGUGACAGGAUGGGGCAUGACAUCUGAAAACGGCAAGAUGUCGGACACGCUGCAAGUCCUAAAGGUGCCAGUCGUCGAUCAGACCACUUGCAAGAAAAUCUACGCCUCUCAGCAGCCGCUCACGAAUGAAAUGCUGUGCGCUGGCAGCAUGGCUGGUGGCCGGGACACCUGUCGGGGAGACUCCGGAGGUCCGCUGGUGUACAACGGCGUUCAAAUUGGUAUCGUGUCCUGGGGCUACGAAUGCGCGAGACCUAACUACCCCGGAGUGUACACGCGAGUGUCUGCGCCAGCAGUACGAUCUUGGAUAACGAAGCAGGCGAACUUUCGUCGCCCAGUUCCCGCCAUGUAUACGUGGACACCGCUCCUGUUGUUGCAGCUCGCUCCGUUCGCGUUGGCACGCUUUUUUUUCCUGCAUCUUGACGAGGGUCGUAUUGUUGGUGGCGAGUUAGCAAAUAUCGACGAUCACCCCUAUCAGGUAUCCCUUCGAUUUAACAAUCGUCACGUAUGCGGUGGCGCUAUCAUUAGCGAGGAAUGGAUCGUCACGGCCGCGCACUGUGUUCAGAGGACUUCUGUUCGCUUCAUAUCGAUAAAAGCUGGCACUUCCGACCUCACAGAGGAAGGCACGGUCAUCGCCGCCAAGGAGAUCAUCAGUCACGAGAGGUACAACCCAAGAACCUCCGAUUACGAUAUCGCUUUGAUUCGGCUGGAAAAACCGCUGGUGUACAGUUCUCGAGUGAGACCGAUUCUGUUGGCACCGGUCGCCGAUCAUUAUGCAGCAGGCUCGAAGGCGUUGGUCACCGGCUGGGGUGUUUUGAGAAGCAACGGCCCGACGACCUCUCGGUUACGUAAGGUCGAGGUGCCACUCGUAUCGAAUUCGGAGUGCUCUUUAUUGUACGCUGGCCGCCGUAUCACACCGAGAAUGAUUUGCGCUGGUUACGUAAACCUCGGCGGCAGGGAUGCGUGUCAGGGCGACAGUGGUGGACCACUGGUGCAGUACGACAAAUUAAUCGGCGUAGUGUCCUGGGGCAUGGGAUGCGCGCGACCAUCUUUCCCAGGCGUUUACUCGAGAGUAACCGUCCUUCGAAGUUGGAUCACAGAGAAAACUGGUAUUUUAAAUUCAACUAAUACGAAACCAAAGAAAUCGAAGAUCGUGAGGGGUGUAAAAAGACUGGAGAAUAAAUGAGUGACACUCUAUUCGAAUAUUUUAACAAGUUUCUUUUCGAGCGAGAAUACAUUGCUCGAAUCACCAAGCGAAUUAUAUUUUUUUAAUAUACAUACAUGUCAACAAAUUUGAAAAUAUUAGAUAGCCCACAAGCUUAAUCCUCGCGCAGCGGUCGCUAAUAAUACGAUAAUCUUCGCGGUUGACGAGAGAGUACUAUACGUUUACGAUACCUUUAACGACGUUACUGUACUAGAAAUAGAUUUAUUUAUUGCGUCAAUAAUAAUAAUAGCGCUAGGUAAAUGAUCAUGAUUGUUGUACAUUUUUUUUUAAGUACAUGUACCCUACUCGAAACUACGAAAUAGAAACAUUCCUACGAAAUUCCCA